AUGGAAAGCUCUUUGGAACUGGCCAAUAGUUCCACCAACCACGAUUUUAUCCUUCUGGGGUUAUCUGCCAAGAAAGGAGUCAGAGAUGCUCUGUUUGCCAUCUUCAUGACCCUCUAUCUGCUGACACUCCUGGAGAACGCGCUUGGCAUCUGCCUCAUCUGCAGUCAGCGGGAGUUGCUGCACAAGCCCAUGUACUUCUUCCUGGGCAACCUCAGCUGCCUCGAGAUGGGCUACGUGUCAGUGACCAUGCCCAGCUUGCUUGUGGGGCUGAGGACCAGUCCUUGCCGUGUAUCCUUCACAGCCUGCAUAGCUCAGCUGUUCUUAUUCAUCUCUCUCAUUGCUACCAAGAGCACCCUCUUGGCCUCCAUGGCCUAUGACCGCUAUGUGGCCAUCUGCUGCCCCCUGCACUACCCACUGCUCAUGAGGCCCCAGGUCUGCCAGGGCUUAGCUCUGUCCUCCUGGCUGGGUGGGCUGUUGAUCUCCAUGGUGAAGACCACGUGCAUUGCCUCCCUGUCCUACUGUGGCCCCAAUGUCCUCAACCACUUCUUCUGUGAUGUCUCUCCUUUGCUUAAUCUGUCCUGCACCCACGUGACCCUCGCAGAGCUGGUGGACUUCAUCUCUGCCAUCGUCAUCUUUUGUGGGUCAUUGCUAGUUGCUCUGGCCUCCUAUGUGGCCAUUGCCAAGGUGCUACUCCGCAUGCCUUCAGCUGCUGCAAGCCACAAGGCCUUCUCCACCUGCGCCUCCCACCUCGUGGUGAUGGGUCUCUUCUUCUCGGUGGUGCUCGUCAUGUAUUCCAGGCCCAGACGCAUCAAAUCCACAGACCUCGACAAGGGGCUGUCAGUCAUCUACACAGUGGCCACGCCCAUGUGCAGCCCAAUCGUCUACUGCCUGCGCAACAGGGAGGUCCGCGCUGUCCUGAGGAAGACCCUCCACUCACCCUCAGCUUCUUGA